GUCCUGACGAAGGGUCUUGGCCUGAAACGUCGACUGCACCUCUUCCUACAGAUGCUGCCUGGCCUGCUGCGUUCACCAGCAACUUUGAUGUGUGAAGCUUCAAAUGUUCAUCAGGAUUUAGAAGGUUCAUAUCGUAGGACAAGAAAUGCGUGUGGCAGUGAUUGGAGCUGGAGUGAUUGGUCUAUCUUCAGCUCAGUGCAUCAUUAAUUACACACAUCCCACAGCCACGCCACUGACCAUCGUCGUUUAUGCAGAUACUUUUACACCAAAUACUACCAGCGAUGGAGCUGCUGGGUUCUGGCAACCAUAUGUUGUUGAUCAGGGGAAACCGGAGGAAGUGAAAUGGAACAAAGAAACAUUUGAUUACCUACUGAGUUACUUGCAUUCACCUGAUGCCAGUGAGAUGGGUUUGUUUUUGCAGUCUGGGUACAAUCUCUUCAAAGAGCCCGUGCCAGAUCCCUCCUGGAAAGACAUUGUUUUGGGAUUUAGACACUUGACAGCAAAAGAGCUCAAACUGUUUCCUGGAUUUAGCUACGGUUGGUUUAACACUUCACUGAUGUUGGAGGGAAAGAGCUACCUACCAUGGUUGAUGGCAAAGUUAAAGGAACAGGGGGUCCAGUUUGUUAAAAAGAAAAUUACUUCUUUCCAGGAGUUAGCCCCAGCCUUUGAUGUGAUUGUGAAUUGUACAGGCAUCCGAGCUCAAGAGCUGCAGCCAGACCCAGAGCUGAAGCCUGCUCGAGGACAGAUCUUAAAGGUUCAUGCACCAUGGAUGAAGCACUUUAUUCUUUCACAUGAUAUCAAAGCUGAGAUUUAUUCCACGCCAUAUAUUUUACCAGGAAGCAAAUUCGUAAUCAUGGGAGGAAUCUUCCAACUUGGGAACUGGAAUGAGGAGAACAACCCUGAAGACCACAAGAAAGUGUGGGAAGGUGGCUGCAAACUUGUACCUAGCCUGAAGAAUGCCAGAAUAGUGGAAGAUUGGACUGGACUUCGACCUGUCCGUAGCAGGGUCUGCUUAGAACGACAGACGUUCAAUUCAGGACCAAAGAAAUUUGAGGUGAUUCACAACUAUGGUCAUGGAGGCUAUGGCCUGACUAUCCACUGGGGCUGUGCCAUGGAAGUAUCAAACAUCCUCAACAAGAUCCAGCAGGAGACGAAGCCCAGUUGGAAAAUGCCAUCCCGACUGUAAUUAGUCU